AGAUAGAUAGAUAGAGCUGCUGAGUUACAGUGAGGAAGAGAGAGAGAGAGAGAGGGCUAGGACUACUCUUCCCUCGCACUUGCUUGUUUAGUGCAAGAAUACUGGGGCUAGUACUGUUAUUUUCUUCGAGUGCUAGUGCUACAUGGCUGUGGAGGUAGAAGAUGAUGUGUUCUUUGCAGAUCUAAGCAAGCAGCUUGCGCUGCUAAUCAUGGAUGAUGAGGAAGAAUUCCCGGCGCAGUAUCCUCUGCUUCCGGCUCAGGAGCUUCCUUACAUGCCCCAAAUCAUGAUGCCACCUUCAUAUGGCUAUGAAGUGUCCUACAGAAGGGAGAGCAAAGGAACUGGGGUGUUCAUUCCACAGUCCACUGCACCAAGAAGGAAGAACAGGUCAAGGAGGCAAACCACAGUGGAUAGCCACCCCCAAAGGCAGUUGAACAAGUCUGCCAUUGUGGUUUCUCAAGUCACCAAGAACUAUAACUUUCACCCCAAUCAUUACAGUCACUCAAGUGUGCUAAAGAGACACACAUAGGGCUCUCGAGUGAUCUCUGUCUCACACUAACCUCUCUGGUCCUGGUAGAUUUGUUUACAGUGUCGAGUGUCUUCUAUGGUGCACUGCAGAGGGAAAUAACACUCUUCCAACUGGUAUUGUGCUUGUGAGGAGGGCC